AUGGCUUCUCCUGAAGGUGUCGACUUUUCUAACACCACUGACGCUUCAAAUUUCUUGGGCGACCUCUUGGAUGAUAGCGUCUUUCAAAUUGACGGCAAUGCUCGGGCGAGAUAUUUUUGGUACGGUAUUUCCGCUCUUAUUGGAGUCAUAGCUAUCUUCAAUCUCGCUUGGCGUGUGAACCUGCGACAAAGAAGGCGCUCCCACAAAGAUCAACCUUUCGGGCUACUGACCCGUUGCGCUACGACUGUCACUCAGCUGGUGCGGCGGGCGACUUACCUUCAAGUGACCCCCAUACAAAGCGCAUCUUGGUUCAAGGUUCCUCCACUAGGUAUCGUCUACCUGAUAUUGGCCUACGCUUUGUUCAUUCUUCUUCUAGAAUUCGUGGAAGAUGACAAUGUAUCGGGCCCGACAUGGUGGACUCUGGUGGGAGUUCGCGCAGCCUGGCUUGCUGUGGCUCAGCUGCCGUUGAUUGUUCUGCUUGUUGGCAAGCACAGUCUUGUCGGGCUCUUGACGGGCGUGUCGUACGAGAGGCUCAACGUCUUGCAUCGAUGGGUUGCUCGAGGCAUGUUUCUUCUGGCCACUCUUCAUUUUGCCCUUCUCGCUUGGGGAUGGAGUCGCUAUCCAGGACUGCAAUCCUUAGAGUGGGCGACAGAUGAGGCAUACCGGACUGGUGUUGCGGCCUAUGUCAUCGUUAUCUGGAUGAAUCUGUCCACAGUGGCACCCUUGCGGCAUUUGUCGUGGGACUUUUUCGUCCUCCAACACAUUGUGACUUGGAUGGGGUUGAUCAUCGCCAUUGCGAUGCACAUCCCGGGCAGCGCCAGUUAUGCUCUUGUCUACGUAUAUGUUGCCGUUGCUUUGUACUUGAUUGAGCGGCUGGUGUACUUCGCUCGCUUUGCGUUCACAAACUUCGGAUCGAGCAAGGUCGUGCUGGAGCCGCUGGAAGGCAAUGUCACCAAGAUGUAUGUGGCCAAUCGUCGCAUCAAGGCAUGGACUCCAGGAUCGCACGUUCUGAUUGGGAUCCCUCGCUUCGGUCUGAUCCAAUCUCAUCCCGCGACAAUCUUGUCGAUUCCUAGCUCGCACAACGGAGAUAUGGUCUUGUUGUUGCGAGCUUACAAAGGGUUCACCCGGCGCAUUCAUGACCAGCAGCAUGGGCUUGGAGGAGACGAAACGAUGGACAUUUCACAUCGAGAGCAACAGCCCGGAAACAAGCUGGCCAGGUAUAUGGCGCUGAUCAAUGGUCCCUACGGCGCAUCGCACGCGGACUUUACCUCGUUCGAGACUGUCGUACUUGUUGCUGGUGCGACCGGUGUGACAUUCACGAUUGCUGUACUGUUGGAUCUCGCCCACCGAGUGGCCAGUGAGGUCGAGUCUGGGAAGAGGACAUCCCCAGUUCGCAAAGUCAUCUUCGUCUGGCUGAUCCGCAAGUCAGUUUGGGUCGAGUGGAUCUCUGAGGAACUGCGCAAGGCCGCUGUCGACCUGGAGAAAGCGCAGAUUGUCUUCGACUUGCAAGUCUACGUCACCCAAGCAGACAGCCAGGAGACGACAUUGACCAACAGUCCCGUGAUUGGACCUCAGGGGACGAUCACGGGGUCGGAUGAAAAGGGGGGCCGGUCAAAAUCAUCUCCUGAUAUUUCUGGACUCAACAUGGACUCAGGACGUCCACCGUGGAAGAGCUUCCUGCACGGGGUCCUGGGCGAGACAACAGGAGAGAGUGCAGUUGGCGUGUGUGGGCCCUUGAGCUUGUCGGUGGAGGUGCGCCGCGAAGUGGUGUCACUGAAUGCUGACCGGACUCGUCCGGUUUAUCUACACGUGGAAAGCUUUUCCUGA